UCAAUGAAAAAUAAUACAACUGCCAUUAUUAGGAAUUCUGUGUGUUAUGUCACCAUGUAGGUGUCUCUGUUAUGUUGUGGAUUAGUUUUAUUGACUCAUGUAAAGUAUCAUGCUUUUUCAUGUCCCCUUAUAUGGUUUGCUCAAUCAAAUAAAGAAUCUUUUCCUUUAUGGCCUCUUUAAGGUUGACAUGUGGGUUUCUUAUCUGAAUAGAGUGUCUAAAAGACGGAUUAUUUAUUUAAAUGAUUGUGAACAGUUUUGAAGGGUCAAUUCUAUGUGAAGGCACAUUAGCCUUGUUAAAACAUUAGAAAAAAACACUAAUUUGGCAAACGGAUGGUGGUUCUAGAACAGAUUUUUUGUUAGAGACAGUAAAGACGAGGAACUGGGUUUUCUAAUAUUCUGAAAUCUCUAAGAGCAAGUAUUUCCACAUCAACAUGCUCUAGUGAAUUGCCAUGUUAAUAGAGUAUUGUUAUUAGUUUUCGGUUAACCAAAAAAAAUAAGAAAGAAAGAAAGAAAGAAAAAGAACAGUAGAAGCUUGUUGUCUGCAUUAGUCAUCAAAUUAUUAGCCUUCAAAUCUUUCCAUGUUGACUAUUUUGUUGUUGAAGGCAUAAUUUGCCUUAGUUUCAAGUAAAAUGGACCAAUGCUGUUAUGAUUUUGCAUAUACACUUCUCAUAACUGUGAUCAAACAAAGCUGGUGAUUGUUAUUGAUUGAAAUAAUCAAAUCUAGGGUUUCAUCUUAUAUUAUCAUUGAUGCCAUAUUUGCAGCUCCUUAUAAAUUCUGUAGUUUAUUCUAAACUACUGAGAUUGAUUUGGUAAUCUACUUAAAUUGGUUACUGAGAGAGUAGAUUAACUACUUCUCUAAUUGCAUCAUUUGUGGAUCUUAUGGUCCUCUAUGCAUUUGAAUUUCUGUUUUUGUUUUUCUCACAUAGCUUAGUGCAACUAGUUACUAAUGAGGUAUUAAGAUUGGGGUUGAGUUUAGGUAAAUACCCCUCUCCUUGGAAAACAAAAAGAGAACCCCAAAUUGUUACCUGGGCUUGUUUCAUUUUGUCUCAAAUAAUGUUUUGUACAAUAUUUUAUACCCAACUAUCAGCAGUUGAUACUGAUUCUUUCAGGAGCAUCAUUUUUCUAUACUGCAACGUGAAACAGAAAAAUUACGAAGUGAUAUUGAGAAAAUGCGCAGUGAAUUAAGGUAUGAAAUAGACAAGGUCACUGCUGGACAACGAUUGGAUUUAAAUCUCGAGAAGGGGCGCAUACGAGAUGAACUAGCUAAUCAGAAUGCGGAAACCACUAACCUUACGAAUAAGCUUGAUCGGGAAAUCCAUGCAUUAAGAGCGCAAUUGGAAGCAGCAAAAUACGACGUUAUCAAAUACUGCAUAGGUACCCUUGUUUCGAUAUCUGCUGCAGGACUUGCUGUCGUCCGGAUUUUGAUGUAGAUGUUACAUUUCAGCCGCAAUGAUUGAUGAUACACGUAUAUUUCUUUUUCUCUGUCAAAAAAAAUCUUUAACUACCAUUCUUUUUCCUGAUUAUCAAAAAGGGAAAAAUAGAAUCUCCACAUUAUGACUGUAAGAUUGCAUUCUUUUGGGGCCUUAGAAUGGGUUCAAAUCAUGUACGUGGGAACACAAGUUCUCUUUUAUUUUUCAUCUGAUGCAAUUCUGAUUCACUUGGAAA